UCCAGUAACAACAGUAUAAACAAUCGUCCAGACACUCGGCAUCAACACGACACAAAUACUCAGCAUCAACACAACACAACACAAAUACUCAGCAUCCACACCACACAAAUACUCAGUAUCAACACAGUAUCUCCGCUAUUAGCACAUGUUAUCUAGGCAUGGAGAAUCUUAAGAGCUUCGUUAAAUCAUUGUCCAACAUGCUUUUUCAACCUAUCGGAAUCAAGGGGCGAUUACCUCUUCGUAACCAUGGUUAUUCUGAUGACCUUGACGCCCUCUCCAUACGGUUCAUCCUCGAUGGUCUCGCUCCAAAUCCUGACAGUACUGAGGUUGAACUAUAUCUUCCUCAGACUCGCGAAGGCCCAGCUGGACCCCCUGUGCCUACUCUACUUCCAGGAGCCAUCGAACAGCACAGUACAAGCUCGGUGUGGAAGGGUCCUAUCACGCAUAUUCGCGAGAUUUAUCAUUGGGAGAAGUGUUUGCGGGCUUGCCUCGAGAACCUGUUAGCGAUGACAUUGCUGAAGGAAUUUCGACAGGCUGCAAAGCGUCAGAUCGUGAGAUUGAAGCCACGUACCGCUGGCAGAAUGCUCUGUCACUUCGCGAAUAGUGCUGGUCGAAAGACGUUUCACAUCGUACUGGAAGACCUCUUGACAGACAUGAUCGAGCUUUACAACAAUGAAUUUGCGGAUGCGGACCAGUCAGUAUUCGCACUUUAUGGGGACCUUCGAGACGAAUUGGUCGCAUUUCUGCGAACUCACGACUGUUUCCAAGAAGUUCAGGGUGUAUACAUGCUGAUUGACGUGGAUCUUCAUGCUGCGUGCGACGGCCCUCACAAAGUCAAUUUGACUGGAACCACCACGUGGAAACAUCCCUCAAUCACGUUCAUAAGCUUAAAGACUAGAGUCUUAGCUGGCGAACCCGUUGCUCUCUUCUUACACUACGAUGCCCCGUUGAUGUCUGACGCAUAUCCCUGCGGCGUUACUCCAGAAUAUUGCAUCGACUCAAAUGACAUGCCAUGGCAGUGGAUUACUGGAUCCCAAGGAUUUGUUUGCGAGGCACCGAUCAGUCUUGUUGACUCCGUCAAGUCUUCUCCUCUGAAACACAAUACCUCAAAAUCCAAAUUUGUGACCGUGAGUGACAUCAAGGCCAUUCUUGACACGCAUUUUCCCGGGCGUAUGAAGCAUGAACGAAUUUCUCGCAUCCGUGUCAGGCUUGAGAUAGCAGCACACGAUGACAUGAAUUCGCAGACUUGGCGUCGGGAUAGACAAUUCAUGCACAUCAACUAUGAUAAUGGGUGCCUUGAGCCAAGAUACGAUUUUACUGGAGUAGAUGUAUCACAGGACCACUACUCUGCAACAACAAGGGAGCUAAACCCGUACGCGUACCCACCACCGGGCCCUUACUGGCUGAAACAGUACGAAAUCGAGAAUGGAGAGCCGUUCCAAUUCGAAACUACUAAGGAGAUUAUGGACAGAGAGGACAAAGAACUUUUCGGACCCUUGGGCUACAGUACUGUUCAUGGUUACCCAUCCAAAACCAAGAACGUAAGUGUACAAAGAUAUCGGUUGCCUAAGAGGGCAUCAUGGCAAGCACUUGUGGUGCCUCAAAUGGAAUCUACAGAGCAGCAGUCGGAACGACUUGAGGACUUACAGGAGAGGGCUGACAGUUGUUUUGAUGCGGAUGCCCUCAAUGCGGCUCUCUCGCACUCUCCGGCUGCAUUGACGCCACCUGAUUCAAGAAGCAGUCCUUCAAGUGAAAGUGAGGCUGGACCUGGGGCAGAUGCGAGCGGACUUCGAGCAAAGACUCUCAACGUAUUCAAUUUCACCGUCGAAGAUUUGCCGAGCUGUAAUGAAGGGAAGCUUGAAGUUCUCAGCGUUCCUUCUCGUCAGGAUAGCUUGAUAGGUGGACCCUUCAGUGCGGAUAUCGAUGGCAGCCCGGGAAAAGAGCAGACACCAUCCAGUGUUCGGGUAAACGCUUUAGACGGUACACUAGAUAUGCAUUCCCGAAACAAGAUUGAAAACGAACUCGCGACAAACGAGGAGACAAAGCCUGAUCAGAAGGACAUCCGUACGUACUUUGAACAGUGUUUGGCCAAGACAGCCAGCGCGUCGAAUAUCGCUGUGCUCACCAAAGACAACAAGGAUCUAGAAGAGGAAAAGGUCUACGAAAGCUUUUUCCUCGAUAUUCGCAGCUCAGGGGCUAACUCUUCAAUUGCAGCCGUGGAACGUCUCGACGAGGAUUCCAGGGCCGUUGAUGACCAGGAUUCUAUGCUGGGAUCCAACGAAGAUCUCGACAUGGAUAUGGUGGCCGACAUGGAGUGAUACAAGGGAGGAGAACGGCUGUGGACUGUCGGGAGUACCAGGAGGAGGACACUUUGGUACUACCUGGUGGUAUAUGAUCAUGAGGUGGUUUCAAACUGGUUU